AUGGAAAACCAAGUGCGGGCAGAGCUGCAGAAAAAGGACUUCACGAGCGCGGAGCUGGACAAUGCGAGCCGUUCUCUCAAGCGGAUGGCUGAUGUUUCUGUGGAUGACCAAAUGAUCCACUUGUUCUGUGCUCUGAAGAGGGUUAAGGGUCAAGGUGCAAGACUGAAUGCCAGCAUCUUGUCCCAGUGGCAAGCCAGGAGCGUGCAGUCCACGACAGUGAAGAGCACCUACUGGGUCGUGCCAAACACCGCACCGGAGCUUGCCCAUCCGGAUAUCCAGCAGCACAUCGUAGAUCCGGAAGAUCUUCCGGAAGUUCCCUCGGGCCUUCUUCAGCAAGGCAUUUGCUUCGUGGAUCAGGUGGUUGAUCGCUCCAAGCUAGGCAAGCAUGUGAGCACCAUAGAGCUUGCGCUUGGCGUCCAAAGGUUUUCCUCUCCAGAUCCUUUGGAUGCCACAGUUGCUGCCUUCUGGUUCCGGGCAUACAGCAAGCACAUCCUUCGCAAGUAUGAGACGUCCAAGAAAGCGCCAGACGACUUCUUGAAGAGCUUGGACCCCUGCACGUCUUUGUGCAUCAAGUUCACCGUGAAAUCGCUGCUGGCGCACAAGGCGCUGGAGGAGCUGGCGUUCUUCACGGAGCCCCUGAAGCAGCUGAAAGAGAGAUUGCCAUCCUUCCUCCCGGAGUUGGCCGAAGCGUUGCUGCACAUGGAGGGCAGCCUGAAGUCCGUGGAUAAAGUCUCCUUUGAGCACUUGGACCUAAGCCAGCAGAGGUGGGCCGUUUGA